GGUUGGGGCAAGCACUUCGGUAGUUAGCUAACCGAUAAGUUCCCGUCAAGAGCUAUCAAGUCAAAAUAAUGCAUAUCAAAGCUAUCUUGGCCGUAUUUACUGUCCUUGUUGUGACCCUGGUCGCAGGACAAAACCGGAACUGCGAUGAGUUGACCAGGCGGUGUGAACGCUGUGUGGAGAGGUUGAACAACCGAAAUGACCGUGAGCUGCCAGCCUUCAACAGGGAGUGCAGGGAAAGGACCCGAAGGACUUGGCGCUGGAGGAACGUGGGACGGUGCGAGCUCACCAGGCUGAACUGCUUGGGAGCGGAGCGACGCAUGAACUGUAACGACAUUGCCGAGAUUGCUGGCAUGGACCGCAUUAACUAAACAAACUCAUAUAUUGAUGAAAUGAUUGACAAUAAAAUACUAGAGAGCAUUGAAA